AUGGUAAUUGUGUGCUCGCACAUUAAUGGUUUGUGCACGUGUGCGGUUGGUUAUAGAGGCAGACUCUGUGAUUCUUUGUGUGCGCCUGGAUACUAUGGAGUUGGAUGUCAGAAGUGCAAUUGUUCAACCCAUACUUCAGCCUGUAACCCGUUUACCGGACAGUGUGCUUGUUUCGCCGGAUAUGGUGGUGAGCGUUGUGACCAGCGGUGUGGCGUCGGAAAGUACGAAAACACUUGGGGACCACAAUGUGCCAACAAUUGUACUUGUGUCAAUGGAACAUGUGAUCCUGUGACGGGCAAGUGUACAUGUGAUGUAGGCUUCGCCGGGCAGAACUGCAAUAAUCCUUGUUCAGAAGGAUUCUUUGGUAAAGACUGUCAGUUACGUUGCAACUGUAGCGAGAGAGGUUCGUGUCACCACAUUACAGGAGAAUGUUUGUGCCGACCUGGAUAUACAGAUCAACACUGUUUGACGACGUGUGACUCGAUUCACUGCGGACUAGGUUGCAACCAGUUGUGUAAGUGUUUACACGGAACGUGUGAUCCAUUCGCGUGUGAUUGCAAUUGUAAGUUGGGAUACAUAGGAAAAAGAUGCGACCAGAAAUGCAGCUCUGGAAUGUACGGCCAAGACUGCAAAAGCAACUGUCUCUGCCAUAACCUAGCCAAGUGUGAUCACGUCACAGGCGCAUGUACUUGCCCCGUCGGCUUGACAGGAACCUACUGCAAUACCACUUGUCCUGAAGGAAAAUGGGGUGCCAAUUGUCUCCAUUCCUGUAGCUGUGCUCAUGGUAACUGUGAUCCUAUGGAUGGUAAGUGCACAUGCGAUGUCGGAUAUAAAGGACAGAAAUGUGAUACGCAAUGUUCGUCUGGUACAUUUGGUCUGGAUUGUGUCGAGAUUUGCAACUGCUCUACGUAUGUCAACACUCAAGUCUGCGAUGUGAAAAAUGGAGUUUGUAUAUGUCAAAAUGGAUAUUUUGGAGCGAGAUGCAACAAUACUUGUCUACUGGGAAAGUGGGGACCAUCUUGUCAGCACACGUGUUCAUGUCAGAACUUGGGUACUUGUGAUCAGGAUGACGGAAGCUGUCAAUGCACACCUGGAUAUACAGGAAAACUAUGCAGCGAGCCAUGCGUGAGUGGAAAGUUUGGUGAUAAUUGUCAAUACACUUGCACUUGCCACAAAGCGAACAGUAUGUGUAAUCCUGUCGAUGGAUCGUGCAAGUGUAAACCCGGUUUCUAUGGUCACGAUUGCGAUCGAAAUUGUCCGACUGGAACUUGGGGGCUGGAUUGCAAACAGACAUGCAAGUGUGUGAAUGGAGUUUGUGAUACCGUCAGUGGUCGAUGCCGGUGUGAUCAAGGAUGGAAUGGAACUAAUUGUGAUCAACAAUGUAUGAUUGGAAUGUAUGGACACCAGUGUGGAUUACGAUGUCGGUGUGAUGCUUCAGCUGAAUGCAACCCAGUUGACGGCUCGUGUAUUUGUGCUCCUGGAAAGCAAGGGAAAUACUGUGACCAGGAUUGUCAUGGUUAUUAUGGUCACGGCUGUAAUGCUCGCUGUCCUCCGUGUGAGGGUCAAAACGUUAUCGUUCCACGUGAUUGUCAUCCACUAACAGGAAAAUGUCAGUGCAAGCCAGGCUGGACGGGCGUUCUGUGUCAACAACCCUGCAAGACUGGCUUUUUUGGAAUUGACUGUCAGCAGCAAUGUGCUUGUAAAGUUGGCGAAACUUGUGACCGCGUCACUGGCAAAUGCACGUGCACGGCAGGACGGACAGAUUCGCAAUGCCAACGUUCUUGUCUUCGAGGUUGGUAUGGUGAACACUGUCUGACUAGAUGUCGAUGCGCGCACAAUGAGGAGUGUGACAGGAUGAGUGGAGUGUGCGUAUGUGAUCCGGGAUGGCAGGGGACUUGGUGCACUGAAGCUUGCGACUCUAACAAAUGGGGAAAAGGUUGUGCAAAUUCUUGCAACUGUCGGUACGGCGAAUGCAAUUCUGUUACCGGACUUUGCUCUUGUGACGAUGGAUACAUGGGAGUCAGAUGCGAUUUACCUUGUGACAAGACUAAAUGGGGACCGAAUUGUAUCAACUCAUGCGAUUGUGCUAUGCACUUGGCGUGUCAUCCCUCUGAUGGAGAAUGUGAAUGUCCUCCUGGAUGGACGGGAGAUGCGUGUGAAAACUCCUGCGAGCUUGGAUACUAUGGCUGGCGCUGUGAGUCGGUGUGCAACUGUGUAAAUGGUGAAUGCGAUCACGUGAAUGGAUCCUGCGACUGCUCGAUUGGCUACACCGGAAAGAUGUGUGAAGCAAACUGUAGCGAGAAUACGUUCGGCGAUCAAUGCUCUUUCACCUGCAAUUGCGGUCAAGAUCAGGAGUGCGAUCCAAAGAUGGGCUGCUAUACACCUUCAUUUGUCUACAACGCAAACGCUUCCAAGUCGGACGACGGCGGAUCGAAUUCGAGCCGUAUUGGUGCUAUCGUUGGUGGCGUGGUUUGUGGAGUUGUGCUACUUUUGAUUAUCGUCUUCGUCGUUGUUGUUUGCAGACGCCUAGGAAAAUCGGAUAAAUUUAUCAUAUCUGCGACUUACUCAUCGGAUAAAGACGAGGUAGCAUUUACUUCAAAUGACACUCUAGAAAAAGAAGUCGAUGAACAAGGCGGAUUCGACAAUCCGUCGUUUGAAGAGCCAAAAGACAACAUAUACGUGAAGUCGGGACAGCAAUCUACCAACAGUAACUCUCAUCACUACGAAUUCGAUGACUCCAUUCCUGAAUGAUGCACAUUGGAAGACAUCGCAGUCUGUAUGUGUUUGUGUGCUCUUAGCGCGCUUAUCUAGAACACGUGAAGUUUAUUGUAUCUUCUGUAUCGUUUUGUGUGUUGAUGUGCAUGUUGCGAGACAGCUGAAAAUUGACGGUUUUGUCUUUAUUUUUGAUUUGACAGGGGAGCUGUUGACGUCCGGUCGUGCGUACAUAGACAGCUUUGUGAAUAUAAUUAAUAUCAA